GUAAAGGCAGCACGAGCAGUCGUUGUAGACUUUUACGUUACGUUUGUCCGUCAGUGGUGAGACCUGUCUGUAGCCGAGAUGGAUAAACAUGGAUUCUCUUGUCAGGAAAGGUAGCUGUGAUAUCAAACACAGAAUUGCAUGUUACAAACGCUGGGGUUAACAUGGAAAGUGAGGGCAGCAGUGGCGUCAAAGUCUGCAGAGGUGUGAUGGAGCCUUGAGGAACCAAGGGCAGUGCUGGUAUCAGAUCUGGUCUGCUUGUCAUGACUGCUCUCAUUUGGAUGCUCACAUUGCUGCCUCAGGUCCUGUCAGCUAUGAAUGAACUGCCACCGCCUGUAAACCCUACCGUGAUCCCCAGCCAUUUCAGUCAUAUUUUGAAGUGGCAGCCAGGACCAGGGACCCCAGCUGGAGUGCACUACCAUGUCGCCAUUACCACAACAAAGGGAACAUCCUGGGUGCCAGUGGCUGGCUGUGAGCAUGUCCAGUACCCUCUGGUAUGCAACCUCACAGGUGCUUUCUACAACCCAAGAGAGUUUUACUUUGCCCAGGUUAUAACAAUGCAGGAAGGACAGGCCUCAGAACCGUUGAUCCACCCAGCAUUUAUACCCAUCAAAGACACUCAGUUGGACCUGCCAGUGCUGACUGUGACACCCUGUGGCAGGGAUCUUUGUGUAGACCUUCAUCCUCCCAUGGAACACCGAAGGGAGAUCUAUGACACUCUAAGUUACAAACUUAAGAUCAAGAGCAACAAUGCAGACAGAGCCAUGUUCUUCAAGGCCAUCAAAUCUCUGGGAACACAGAUUUUGGAGGAUCUAGCCCCUGGCAGACAGUACUGUGUCUCAGUCUGCAUCACAGAUAGCCUUGAGUCCAAGGAGUCCAACUACAGUCAACCUGUAUGUGUUUUCACCUCUAGCAUCUAUACUGCAGACCAGUGGCUCUCAGCUGUAUUCUGUUCAUUGCUAAUGUUGGGUGUGGUCGUCGUGGCCCUGCUGGUGUUCACUGGAUUUAUCUGUCUGAAAAGGAGGCCACUACCACUGGUCCUGACAUCCAUCCAUCACGAAGACGGGGUUCUGGUCAUUGCUCCUUGCAGCAUGUCCUUGUCUUCCCUUUUCAAUGUUGAACCAAUACUCCCCUCUUCAGGUGAAAAGAGAAGCAACCAGUCAGCAGAUGAGAGCGAAGGGGAAAGUGUCACCACUGAUGGGUGUAGAGGAGAGUAUGAACUGCGGGUGGGCACUAACCUCCUGUCUUCCCCCUCUUCAUCAUCUUUGUCAGCCUUUUUCUCUGAACCACAGCCAAACUUCUCAUCAAACCAAACAUCAGACUUCAGUCCACAGUCUGAAGUCUCACUUUCAAAAGAGACACAUUCCAGUGCUGGGCUGAACCACACAAUGAGCACAGACACAGACAGUUUGACUGUUGGAAUAAUUGAGACAGAUAAGGUUGAGAAGGAGGUAGUGGGACAUAUGGACAAUCAGGAUGUGAACCUCCUCACAUUAACCUUCGGCAGGCACAGAGAGGAACGGGAGGAGUUGGAAUCAAAUAUUGACCUGGCAGAGUUAGAGCCAGAGUCUCAAUCUGCCUCAGAGGAGUACAACAUCACUCCAACUCAACUCUCAUGGUGUACUAAGAAAGUUGCCAUAGAAAAAGUUUCCUGCUCUGGUGACGAAGAAGAGGAAGAGGAGCACUCUGGAUAUAUGGGGCAUCCAAGUACAGAUUUCCUUAUUUGACAUAUUUUCAGAAUGUCAUAAUGUGUUAAAACCUGUUUCUAGCAUUGGUCUAAAUUUAUUUCAAUGAUACGAAACACUGACAACUGAUAUUUUGAUGGGUAAUUCUCAUUUCAAGAUGGGUGUGCUGCACUUACAUUGAGCUAAGCCCGUACCAACCAAUACAGUUUGAUAUGAGUUUUGUUUUCCAACAGUUUAAGUCCUGCAAACAGUAACUGCUUCAUAUUAUUUCCAAUAAAAAUACUUUUUUUUUUCAUGUCAAUCAUCUAAUACAAGUAGAACAAUGAUGCCUAAUUGGGCUAGAUCCAGUAGAACCAACCAAUUUUGUCUGAGGUGACAAGCGACUUCAAUGAACUGAUGAGAUUUGUCAAAUUUCUCUUAUAUCUCUGCUGAGAAAGUAAUGUUUUCACCCCUGUUUUUUUUUUGGAGGGGGGGGGGGUUCCAGUAGUUUAGUAGACGCAAAAAAAAUACAGAUUGCUUCGUAAUUUGGUGGAAAGAUGGGACAUGGUCCAAGAAAGAACCAAUAAAAUUGUGGUGCUGAGUGUUUGUUUGUUUUUUUGGGGGUUUUUUUGUACAUGUUCACCCUUUUCCCAGGGAAUGAUGCAUGUAACUUGUUGGGGGAAAAACAUGUGGUGUUGUUUGUGUAAAUAUCGGGGGACUGACGUGGCUCUACUGAGUACCAUUGUGGUUUGUGCAGUAAAGAGAGUUUGCUGAAUCUGACUUGAAACACUUUAGGAAGUUUAGGAUAAGAGUUUAAAACGUUGCUCCAUAUAGUUUAUUUUAUCAUAUUUCAGACAGCUGAGUUACCUCUCACAAUCUAAACGGAAUAAUUUGUAAAGCCAGAUGAAUAUACACCACAGCCCAUGAGACUGAUGGUGAAAAUGUACAGUAUACACUUACGGUGGUUUAAUCAGCAGCUGGAUGGCUUUGUAAGGGAAUACUUUUCUAUAAUGCAAGGAUUUCAGCCCUGCAAUGUGAAAGCUCAAGGGAAUUGGGGUUUGCUGUAGAAUUUGCUAUAGAUUUCAUGUAAAUGCACUCAAAAAACACCAGCGUCAAUGUUCUUUGCAUCCUUGGAUGGCUUUUACAGUUUGCUUGUGCAGUUUUUGUUUUGUUGUGUUUAGAGUCCGACCGAUAUUGGAUUUUACCGAUGACGAUAUUACAGAGAAAAAAGAGUGAGGAAACAUUUGACUUUUUAGCAUUUAAGCUGAAGGAUGUUAGGUGCACAACAUUUAUUCAGCUGUAUUGUUCUGAAUAUUACUGAUGAUGUUUACCAGUGCAAAAUCAUUUCAAAAUGGGAUUUUAUCUUCAAGCAUUGUCCUUUGACAUGCACCAGAUAUUGAAUUUGUGAAAAAGUUUAGUAAAUGGGAAUAGUUUGCAAAAAAGGUCCUCAUGUUGUAACUGUGAGCUGCUUAAUUUAUAAUUUUGUUGUCACAUUUGUCAUUUUUUAUACUCUGGUCUAUUUUGAAUUAAUUAAUUAUAUAGUCAACGAUCAUACACAUUGCAGCAGGAUAGUUAGGUUAUACAUGUAUAAUUAGAAUUUUAACUCCGUGCCAAGAUAGUCAAAGUGUCCUGUUAUUCAGUCUGCAGCUGUAGACACGUAUAGUAUGUUUCACAAUAAUAAUAAAAAUGUAGCUGGUAAAUGUUGCUCUGUCAGUUGAAUUAUUGCAUUAAAAGCAGGUGCACAUCUUC